AUGGUCGAGACACGAGCUAGGGCUAAAGGAGCACCCCCUCCGCCUCCAGCACUCACAAAAGAGCAAAAAGCUGCAGCUAGAACCAUCAAGGCUAAAGAGAAAGCUGCAGAGAAGGCCAGAAAAGAUCAGGAAAAGGCUGCAGCUAAGGCCGUCAAGGCUAAAGAGAAAGUCAGGAAAGAUCAAGAGAAGGCUGCAGCAAAGGCCGCAAAGGCCCCAAAGGCAACAAAAGCCACGAAGGCUGCGAAGGGCCGGCAAUUAAAGACCCCGAGACCAAACAGGGCCAAAAAUAUCAAAAGUACAAAGACCUUGCCAGAUCCUGCUUACAGUGAGAGCAAGUCAAGCGAUGAAGACCUGCAGGGAGAGGAUGAAAAACAAACCUACCGCAAGAGACGGAGGAUUGCGAGCAGCAGCUCUCAUGCUUAUGUGGAAGUUAAAGUUAGUAGACCAGAACCUCUUCGCAUCAAUUUCAAAGAAUGGGAUUACUCGAGAGAGCUACCUCCCCCUGAAGGUCUACAUACCAAGCUCCAAGGCACUCUGCCGACCAUCAGUGUGGGAGGCUCUGCACCGCAGCCUCGUUGGCUGGUUGGUCAAAACAAAUUCAUGCCACAGCCUCCGAUGUAUCUCUCAUACACUGAUUCCAAGCGCAAAGCUUCGAGCGGUUCCAGCUCUAGCGAUUAUGGAAAAUUGAUUUGGUAUUUGGAUGAGGGCGAUUUCAAUCUCUGGGGUGGGCUUACACACCCACAGCUCGAGGAGCUUGCACACAUAUGUUUUGAGAAUGCACUCAAUCGCCCUGUCCUGAUAGACGAUAUUCUCCAUUCUCUUUCCGAUGGCCCACUGCCCCAGUCUAUAACGUCUAGCGAAGCAUGGUAUCCGAUUCUGCCGCCCCCGCCCUGUACGAGGUAUUUUGCAAAAUCCUCUGAUAUGGCUGUCUGGGAAAGCCCUGAGGACCCCCAUGACUCGGGUUAUUACUACAAGGACUACGAGCGUCCAUCGUUGGCUGUCCAACAGCCUCGUUCUGCGCAGCGAUCGCACCAGCACAUCCUGGCUACCAAGUUGUUAGAUCAAAUAGCGACACCGUCAGAUGCAAGCAUUGCAGACUCAGACAUGGAAAGCCCCGUAUCUCCUACCGCUCUUGAAAGUCUGAUGAUUGAACAAACUGAUAAAAAUUCAGUAGAAACUUCUGGAGUUAGCUACAACUCUGAAGAUGAUUCUCAGCUUGAGUCAAACUUGGCCCAUGAGUCUCAGGAACAAUCACCCGAUAGCGCUUUUUCCAAUUACAGUUCAGACGGCGAGGUUAGCGCUCCCUCCAACACCAGUGCACCUCAACUCGAUGACGCUAAAGAUGUUAGCGCUGAUUCGACAAAUUCUUCGAAAAUAAGCUCAUCCGUAUCGUCACAUUAUGGGCUCUUCAGCGCGAAUCAAAUCGAUGAAUAUUACAACAAGAGCAAGCAAGCGAGAUUUCAUCAAGAUAAACUAGCAGGCCGAGAGCUGCCCGAAAAACGAAAAUUUCAAAGAGAAGCCGAAGAGGAAAGAAAACGAGCGCGUGGGAUAAGAAAUGGCACACAAGCUGAAGAGGAAAAUACACAGACCCGUGAUCGACCUUUACAAUGGAUGGAAGGGCCGUAUGUAGAGGGUGAGGAGGAUGAGGAAUCUACAUGCACGAACGAACCCCUAGGAAUAUUGGAUUUGAGAGAUCCCUUCCUUGAGCAAGCAAAGGAAAUAUGUUUGGAUAGAAAGGCGCGGCGAAGAUACUUCCCUGACCCUAUUGUUGUUCAUCGAGCGCGAAUGUGGGCGGGGGAAGAUUUGAAUAAACAAGACGCCAAACCUAACGUCGACGCUGCGCUGCCACCUUGGGCUGACACUCAUCGGCCUUUCGGUCAGUGGCAAGAUCCGGCCCAACCAGCCGAGCCUACUACAACGAGGUCACGAAAGAAAGUCAAUCCCGCUUGUAAACGAGUAACAGGGAAGCAUCGGGCAUUGUCCGACUCGAAUUUCUCGUCGUUUUAA